UAUAUAUUUACUUAUAUUGUAUUAUACUUUAUAUAAUAUUCUGGCCACUCCGUAUGUCAAACAUUGAUGUUUUUAAGUUCGAUACUUUACCUUUAGCCCUGGGUGUCGGUGUGCCCCUCCAAAUUUUUGAAAGAAUUUUUUACUUUCGGAAGAUUGAAUAAAAUUGAAGUUUUUCGGGUUUUUUUCUUUUCGAUAGAUACGACGAGAAGUUUUGAAAGGAAAUCGAGUGAAAGGCCGGGCUGAAGAUCCUAUGGCAGAGAUGAGUGGAACAAUCAACAAACCUGCCCCGGGCGAACAUGCGUGAACCGCCAUUUUGCUUUACACCGUCGAACCGAGACCGGUCCGACUUCUGACUCUCUUAAACCCGGUUCUAGCUCAUUUCAUCCAAUUUCAAGAUGCCUUUUCACUUGUUCAACGUUCUCCAGGGUCACAGCAAAGACGUGAGGGCCGUCUCGGUCACUCCGGAAGGUUCGAUCUUAUCCGGUAGCCGGGACCUCCUCGCCAAACUCUGGACCCCCGCCGGGACAGAUGGGUUUGUACACUCGGCGACAUACAAAGGACACGAAGAGUACAUUACAUGUGUUCAGAGUAUUCCACCUUCAGAAGCUUUUCCAAGAGGCCUUUAUGUUACUGGUGGCUAUGACAGAAAAAUCCUAAUCUUUAACCCAGAAACUGAAGAAGUGAUUAUAACGCUUGAAGGACACACAAGUGCAGUUACCAGUAUUUUUGCCGUGAAAAAUGAUUGCAUCCUCACAUCGUCCAGCGAUGGCACGGCGAAAAUGUGGAAUAUCUACGCAAGGGUUGCCAAAGUCACGUUCACGGGGCACGACCUUCCUGUUUGGUCUGUGAUCUAUCUAACUGCCGGUUUCAUCGUCACAGGAUGUGCAGACAAGAUUGUAAGAGUCUUCAAAAAAGAUGGAACGAUUAGCUGUAGUCUUGAAGGCCAUACUGACUGUGUACGGGCUUUGGCACCACUCAAUGAUUCUGUUCAAUUCCUUUCGUGUGGAAAUGAUGGCAUUGUUAGACGAUGGAGUGCAUACAAUGAUGGUUGCUUACAGGCCUACCAUGGUCAUAGUAAUUCAAUAUAUGCGAUUGUUACAUCCUUGGAUAAUACGUUUUUUGUAACUGCUGGUGAAGACAGUCAGCUAAUUUUAUGGACAAAUAUUUUUGCUGAGCCAAAUAUUGAACAGAUUGAACACCCGUCUCAAACCAUUUGGGAUGUUGCAAUUUUACCAAACAACGACAUCGUGACAGGUGCUAGUGAUGGAAAUAUUCGUAUAUUUUCUCAAGACGAUGAACGAAUGGCAAGCGUUGAAGUGAUGGCGGCCUUCGUCAAAGAAUGCGAGGAGGCCAAAAAUGUAGCCAAUUUAAAUGAAACUACAAGAAUGGACACCAGGGAGUCUAAUGAAGUCAAAGGUGAUGGAGGGGCUAAACAGACUUCUGAUUUUGUUUUCUUUGUCGAUGUUGAAGAUGGCAAGCCGCCUCUUAAACUAUACUACAACAAAGGAGAUGACGAAUACGAGUCGGCUAAGAAAUUCAUAGACCAAAACAACCUUUCAUACGCUUAUCUUCAACAAAUUGUCGAUUUUAUCCGGCAAAACACACCACAGACUUCAACAAAACCAAGUGAACCGUAUAUUGACCCGUUUACAGGUGGGUCAAGAUACAUUCCAGGUGGAGACAGAGACGAUCAAUCUACUGGGAAAGAUUCUAGUAACAGCAGUGUUGAGCCUUUAUCAAAGAGUAUUUUCCCCCAAAAAGAGUAUGUCCUUUUUGAAGUCGCCAAUAUUCCAAAAAUCCAAGAUAAAAUACUUGAACUGUGUCCCAAAACAGCUACUGGGGAAAUUGAUUCAGACAGGAUAAACACAAUUAUCACGCUUGGGACGACUAAUGUUAAACCUUCCUCUGACGCUCUGCAUAUUUUGAUGGACAUGAUGCACUGGCCAGAAGGAAAUGUAUUUCCCGUUCUGGACAUAACUCGUCUGGCUAUAAGAAAAGAUGUUAUAAACCAUAAAUUGUGUUCAAAUGAAUUCGGGCCAAAGUUAAUGAAGAACAUACUGGGAUAUAUGGCUCCGUCGAGUUUACCAGUAAAUAAAAUGCUUGCUAUAAGGGUUAUAUGCAAUAUGAUGUCUCAACCCUCAGGUGAAGAAUUGUACGCAAAAAAUAAAGAUGACAUAUUUAGCCUUUUGAGGACAUCUGUAAUCGAAGGAACCAAUUUUAACAAGCCAUUGCAGGUUGCUGCUGCAACUUUACUGUUAAACUCAAGUGUUUACUUCACCAAGAAGAACGACCCUAAUGAAAUUAGAGAUUGUUUGGUUUAUGUGCAAGAUCUGUUGAAUUUUUUCAAAGACGAAGAGGCAAUAUUCAGAGCCGUCGUGUCGUUAGGCACGUUGUACUGCUAUAGCAAAGAUUCGUUGAUAUCGUCAAUGACGUUGAACUUCUUGACAUCCCAGAUUUCUCAGUCUAAAGUAGAAAAGGUGGUAACGGCAUGUAAGUAUAUCUUGAACCAAUGGGAAUCUGUAAAUAAGAACGUUUAAAAAGUCAUUGUGUUUUAUUCUUAUUUGAAAAGUUAUACCAAUAAUUUAUUAAUAAACUCAAAUGGAAAUAACGUGUGAUAACACAUUUAUAUUAAAACUAUUUCCAGAGAAUUAGAAUAUUCACAAUUAAUCUGAAUCUCUUGAGUAUAAUUAUAAACGA